AUGUACCCAUCUGGAAUUGUUUUAGAUAAAGACGGGAAACCUUGUAGAGUAUGUACUGCGUUCAAAAAUUGGACAAAGCAAGAAAAAAAGAAACAGCAUGAUUCUUCUACCAGUCACACAAAUAAUAACAAUAGUAAACCAAAUUCUGCUGAAGCUACGGAAACCAUUGGAUCUGUAAUCAGCACUAACUCUUCAGAUUCAACUUUACCCCCAGACUGUCCACCCGAUGUGGAACAACUUGGUCGAUCUACUUGGACAUUUUUGCAUACAAUGGCUGCCUAUUAUCCAGAAGUUCCAUCCUAUGCACAACAACGUUCAAUGAAAACUUUUUUAUCUACUUUUUCCCAAUUUUAUCCAUGUGACCAUUGUGCCGAACAUUUAAGAGAAGAAAUGAAAUCAAAGCCUCCAAGAGUUGAAAGCCGUUGGGCAUUAGGAAAAUGGUUAUGCGAAAUGCAUAAUAUAGUGAAUGAAAGUUUAGGUAAAGAUAUUUUUGAUUGUAAUAAAAUUGAUGAAAGAUGGAAAGACGGACCGAGAGAUGGUCGAUCUAAGCAAAUGAAAAUGCUAAGUGGAUCAGGCCUUAUAACGUGGGAUUGGAAACCAAUGUAA